CAUAUAGCUACUGGAUCCUAUCGUAACGCGGUUAAGGUGAUUGAUCGCCGCGCGGGUCCACCUGGUACUUAUCAUCUUAAGAUGCAAAAUGAAGGCCCUCUUGGAAGUGCCGCCAUGACUUCUGGUUUCCUGAGCCAUUUCGCCUUUGAUCCCUCAGCUGAAGAUUCCCCUGAUUUAGAUUCUCCGUGGCCCCGGUUGCUUUGUGAGGACGAUAGCCGUACCGGUUCUGGAGUCAACAAGGACAAUGAAGGUUCCCUUUCAGAAUCAGAAGGCGGUGUUUCAAUGUUUGAUGACUCUAGCUCUACUGUAUUUUUCAACCCCGACGUGGGUCGAAAAUGGACUCAAGUCACUUGGAGUCCCAAAGAGGCAGUAGUCGCUUUUGGUCACGCCGAUGGAAUACACUUAAUAGAAGCCCUUCCAGCAUAG